AUGGUCCUCCGCAUCCGCCUCGCCCGCUUCGGCACGAAAAGAAAACCGAUCUACAACAUCAUCCUCGCGCAAGCAAAAUCAGGCCGCGACAAGAAGCCCAUGGAAGUCCUAGGGACAUAUAACCCAAUCCCACAGACUCCACUUGCAACCCCAGACACGCCCGAGCUGCUAGAGGAUGGCACGAAAUUUGUGCCCAAGAAACAAAAGGACGUGCAGUUAGAUUUGAUGCGCACACGAUAUUGGCUUGGUGUUGGAGCGCAACCGACAGAGCCGGUAGAGAAGCUGUUACGGCUGGUAAGUCACACAAUUCCCAUUACAAUCACCUCCAUCACGAAGGGCAACGAUCUCCCGUGUGGGACACAGAAGCGCAGAAAAGGGAGGCAUAACCCGUAA